GCCAAGAAGUUGCGGUGUUCACAGAGGAAUCGGAGCUACGAGUAGGAACCUUUAUGAGCCACGGAACAGUUUCAUACAUCCCGAACAGUAUCAUCCACGAUGGAGGUGAUAAUGUCGGCCAGAAGGAUUUUGGGUUUUAGGUUCUGGGUUUACACUCUGCCCCUGAAAUUCUGCUCAGUGAUGAAGCGGGAGCACUGAGUGCCUCUUUGGUUUUUUUUUUUUGAACAUGACUUGAUUGAAGCGAGUUCCGUCAGUGUCUGCAAGGGCGGUGAUGGAAAUUUAGCUGGUCUGUAUAGGUGGAGGUGGAGAAGCUAAGGGGCGAGAAAGAGCGAAUGGAAGCACAUGCAAGAGAAGAAAUCGAGGGCACCAAUUGUUCAAAGCGACGAAUUGUUAGGAGAGGCCGCUGACGCCGCAUUCAGGAUUGAUCAGUUUGGUCGCUUUCCCUAAGUUGGAAUCAUGGCAGCGGAGGAAGUGCAGGAGCUGCAACGCAACAAUGAAUUGGAGGAUAUGGAAAUGGUGGAGGAGGAUGGAGGCGAAGGAUUCAUGAUCACGGAGCAGCUGGAUGAGGAAACACAGAAUUUGGCAGCAGGAUUGGCGUCUCGGCAGAGCGAUGAGUUGAUGCACGCAUUGCAUGAAUUUUUGAAAGUUUUAGCAGUCCCCAAGCGAGGAGGGAAAGUGUUGCGACAGUAUGUGUUAGCAUCACCGAAAUGUGUUGAGCUUUUGUCUGCUUGGGAGCUUGGUUCGGGCGCCCCUACAGCUGUUCCGCUUAUGCUGCUCCUUUCGGAGAUUUUUCGACACCCGCAGGGUAAAGGGAGGACUAACAGAGUUGAUGAUAGGAAGGUCCGUGGUAAUAGUGUAGAGGCACUACAAAAAGCAAAGGCGUUGGCAGUCGUGCAGUCGCGAUUGGACAAGCUUGCCCGAACUUUUGGACGGUCAAAGAUUAAGGAUAUGUACUCGCAUUUGUCUUCAAAGCAGAGAAGUAGGCAGAAAGCUGUGCUGAGAUUGUUGUCCAGCAUUGUUUUACGAGGGAAGCUCUUGGCGGUCGAUGUUGCAACAAAUUUUGAUUUCACUUUGGAAGCUUUGAAAAAACUUGCUCAGCAUCCCUUUAAAGCCUCGGCGAAUACCAAAACCCAGGGAUUGUUGCAUCAAUCGACCAGGUAUUACUUCAUCGAGUUUGCGCUGUCAUUUUUAGUUGUUGGAGACCCUGGCCUUCUUCGAUGGAUUCUUCAGAAGCGUCCUCUUUACGCAGGUCUCCUGCAUGGACUCGCAAAGGAUGAAGAGGCUACUAUUAUUCAAGUACUCCAUGUUUUCCAAGAGAAGGUGAUGGCGCCAGCGUCACUGGUCCCAGCAGGACUCCAGAGUGUGCUCUUCGGAGAUGUUGCUCUUGAACAGCUUGCGCGUAUUGCAGGUGAUGAGUUGUUUAGAGAGUCCGCUGAUGUGGCUUACGAGACCCUUAUGGCACUGUGCACAGAUCCAUCACAUGGGCUCUGUCCUGAGUAUGCAUCACCAUGGGAAUCAGUGAAUUUCAAGUCUGGAGCCCAUGGUGGUAACCAAGGAAGACUUUUACGACUGUUGUUGCGUUUGCGUGUCACUGAGGCCUUUCGACACAGAGAGCUUUUGUUAACAACAGCGAGAUUAAGACCAAGGCUUGCGGCAGCAUAUCUCGAUGCCGUUCCUUAUUCUUUAGAGCCUAGACCUUCUCCAACUUGGUUUACAAUCAUGUCUCUUGUAGCUGAUCUCGUACACAUUUCAAGCACGCCUCCUCCUUUAUCCUCUAUGGCGUUGCGGGGUCUCCCUGUUCCAGCCCCCGAUGGACCUCUAGUUCGAAAUAAUCUGCGACAUUUGCUUCCUCGGGCCUUGCCAAAAGUGGCCUUAAACAGGGGCUUGCAGCAUGCUAAUGUCCUGGUGAAACAUGCAUCUUUGCGUUUGUUACUGGAGGCUCUCUUAUCACUAGAGCUUCUUGUCGACGGAGCAUUUGCAGCGGCAGAGAAUACGUGUUCACAAUUGAAAGACAGAUUUUCCGGUAAUUUUUCUGUAUUAGAGACAAAAACUAGAAGCAUUAAGAGGGGUGAUUCUUUAAGGGACUCAGAGCAGGAGUUCCAGAGGCGUCAAUGGUUAGAACUCGUAGAAAGUAUUCAGGAUACUAUGCGAGCUACUUUACCGGACCCGAACAUUUUACUUAUUAUAAAUUCAACCAUAAAUAGAAGAAAAAAUUCACUAGAUGAGCCUGAUGGGAAUCACAAAAGAACUCAACCAGUUAAGGAGGUUAGUGCUGGUAAAAGGAGGAAAAAAGACGAAGGCUACGUCAUUGAUGAACCUGAUAGAACCCAAUUAAGUCAUUCUGAUUCCAGUGUGGAGUCAGAAGGAGAUGAAGAGGAGGAAGAUUCAAGUGCGCUGGAGAUACUAGCUCAAAUUUGGGGUUCAGAAGCUAUUGUUAGUGCCAAUGGCUCAAUUCAGUCUCUGCUACAUGCUAAAUUGCUCGAAGUGCUAGCUGCAUACCAGAGGGUUCUUCCCGUAGCGUUUGCAGACAAAGGAUUCGACCCUUUCAAGUUGCUCUCUUCUGAUCUCAUGCAACUGUCUUUGGCUCAGCAAAAGGCUUUUCUGUCGCUUUUAUUGGCCACAACAGCUGCUUCUCAAAGAAAUUCAGCUACUAAUAGUAUCGUAGAGGCUGGUGGGUUUGGUUCUGUGUACAAACAUUCGAAACCGUUACUCAAGAUGAUGAUAGGCUGUAGGGUAGACCAUAUUAGAGAUAAUGCUCAUCUCCUUGCUUCGCGCCUCAUGGUGAGCACGGGGGCCUUCGAAAGCAACACUUGGGAAACAACCUUGUGGUUGGGUCACUUAUCAAGGUUGAUAGGAGAACCAGUCAACACAAUAUGUAAAUUAGAUGACAGUGAGGAAGACCACCCGAAUCAGCAUAUUCUUGGAAGCAUUGGCGAAUGUGUUGUUGGGUUUCUAGCGGAAGCUGUAAGUUCUGUUGGUAGGACGCUAUACAAGUAUUUUGACGAGCUAUUUUCUCUCCUCUCUGCACAUUCUUUGGGAGAGGGUUCCACUGAACAAUCCAAGGGUUUAUCAGGCUCGAUGGUUCCAGAGUUUGGUCCUUUUGUUGUGUGCGCACUGGAGCAUACUCUUCGGGUGGUUCGCUCUGAUUCUAAGAGCAUGUCACUGCCUCAGCGAUCUGCCAUCGCAUUGUAUGUUGCUGGUGUUCUAAGUGAUCUGCUACGAAUUCAGACUGAUGCGCGAGCUUUGGGAAUUGUAAUCACGUCUAUUUUGUCUCCUGAGUUUAAUCCAACUACUAGGAACACUGACAAAAACUUGUCUACCCUUGGAAGUGAAUGGAACCCACUUCAGGUGGUUUAUCUGCAAGCUCGCUCGUUUCUUGACGGUGAAGUCAAUUGGGCAACUCCAGCAAUGCAGGCGCCUGGCUUGAAAAUUAGCGAACCUUCUGGGCAUCUAUGUGAUGUCAUCACAACUUGCAAAGAGUCUACAAAAGAUGACGUUGUGAUGUUAAAAGAGAAUUUGGUAUCCGCUUUGGUUUGUGCACCACUGCAUAACGUCAGCAACAGCUUCUUCAAGCUCGUUGAAAUAAUUCCAAAGACAUGUGGUCAGAGGAUACCAAUCUUGAUGACAUUGUGCGGCCUGCACUGUAGUCUGUUGACGGAAGCGGACCUUGAAUUCGAAAAUACAGAGAAGGAUCGGACCAUUAAAAGACAAUUACUUGUGACUGAGCUAUUGAGUAUAUUUUCAUCGAGCUCAUUCAAGAUGGGCGGGUUAGCUUUGUCCGACUCAUCAUCGUCCAUCGGAGAGCUAGCUAAUCAUAUCUUCUACUUUCUGAAGUCACUCCCGUUUUCUGUUCUCUUUUCAGCGCUAUUGUAUCGGGUCAAUGGGAAGCUGUUGAACUUUGAGGUUUUAUCCACAACUCUUGAUAGCUCGUACUCUUCAAUCCUCGCGCACGAUCAGCUGAUCAUUAUGAAAACGUUACUCAGCUCCAUUCAUCAACUUUCAUUCGCAUCACUUGAAAGUUUGGACAAGAAACAACGCCUUGACAUUUGUUUCACAUAUCUGAAAAGGCUCGUUACUAUUCCCAAAACCUCGAACCAUGGAGAAGAGUCUAAUACUAUUUCUGAAGAGAUAUUGCUUUGCAAGGACAUGAUUAUUAUGUCAUUGACACAUCCUGCAAUUGCAGGGUUUUGUCAGUGUUCCACAGAAACAGAGGUGAGCUCGAUGAAGCAUCAGAAAAGCUCCCGAUUACUUGAUGCGUGCAUUAUGGAUUAUCUGAAGUUUCUUCUGGAGUCAUGUUCAGCUAUUGAGCUCCGUGGAAAGUCUGAAUCUCUUGCUGAGAUGUUGGACAGUCUUCAAGGAGCCACUAUUCAGGCUUGCAAACCCUUUGUUCAGAAGACGAUGAAGCUUUUCUCGCUCAAAUUGAUAGGAAGGGUGUCUGAUGAAGAUGAAACCACCUUUUCCAAGGACUACUAUCUUACUCAAUCUUUUGUUCUACAAUUAGCAGGCUACGCAGAUUCUCAAUACUUUCUCUCCUUCCUCUCUGACUUAGUUUCAUGCAAGACCGUACGAACACCUUCAGGAGUGUCUUCAUCCUCAGUUUUCCUCGAGCUUGCUCGGGCUUUUUACGAGAAGCGUUUACAGAAUGGGCUAAAUAAUAAGUUCAAGUCUGAGCACUGCGGGGCAGUUCUUCAAGAAAGUUUAGAUGUGUUCAGGUUUGUGGGAACUGAAGUACUAAAAGAUGUUGCUGAAGACGCAGAUCGUUGCCUGCUAUCAGCUCUGCAGAGCUUUAGUCCAGAUGCAGAAGGUGGCUGUUCUUCAUCAUCCAGCCAUUUAUCACUACUUGUGAGCACUGCUCCAAUCGAAGUCAUUAACUGUUGUAUCCAACGUCCGACUAUUCUACGUGGCAACAUUGUCAAAAUUCUGGUGCAGACAAGCACAGUUCAUAGAAACGAGUUCGGGAGAUUGUUGUGCCAGGGAACUGGGGAAGACGAGAUCGAGAACGAUGAAGCUUCGAAGUUCGCCAGUAAAUUUUUGACAGAGAAAAAAUUUCAGACAGAAAAAACUUCUUUCCGUCUUUCAGACAAUGACCUGUUUCUUCUAUUGCCUGCCGCUAAAGUUUUUUUAUGUAAGUGUCAAUCGAGUUUAAUGACGAGGCUGGUGGUCCAUGUUGCGUCUACAUACUUGAGAUUAUUAACAACACAUAUCAAAAGAUGGGACGAGUUCGUUUUAAAACUUUUAAGUUUCACUGAACUGGGAUCUAGCGUAUCAAAGCUGGUGAACAAGGAUCAUAGCGUGGAAGAGUUAGCUGGAUCAUACUUCAAAGAUAUUGUGACAUUGAUGAGGAGAUGCCUUGCUAUAUGCCCUCUUAGCAGCAAAAAGCGUGUCUAUCUUCUGCGCAAGCUUCUUCCCAAAGCUGGGCUGCCUUUGGCCGAUCUGCAGAUAGAUUCCUUAAUUGGUUCAGAAAUAGACUUGAGCACAGUGUUCUUUCAAGUAUAUGGAAAGGCUGCCGCCGCAAGACAUAUCUUAUCAGACAUUGAAGCUCAUUUACCAGAAGCCUACACUGCCAGUUCGGUUCCAAAGCAGCAAAAGUUGAGGAGUCUGAUGGCGGACUCGGUGAUGAGGUUUGCUACCGGCCUUGCCUCUACUUUAACUGUUAUUUUUAAAGUGGCUGCUCAGAUGAAGAAUCAAUCAACGUCUUCGUACACUCCCAGAACACCCAAAGUGAUCAAGGCUUUGGAGGAGUUCUUACAAUUGCAGUUAGUUGGAGUGGUGAAAUCAAUUGAUACAACUGGAUUUGAGGCAGACAUUAUGUCUUUAUUUGAAAGCUAUGCAAAAACCUGUCUUAGAUAUAAGUUUGGGAAUGUAGAAGGAAUGAAAGUUCUCCAAGCUUUAGCUGGGUGUCUCUUGAAUUUACCUGAUGAUUAUACAGCAAAAAGAAGGGAGAUCGUUUCUUCUGUGCUAGAGUUGGUGUUAUCGCAUUCGCAGUUUGUGCUGUAUAUUGUCUCCUGUAGUACAGCUUCAAGACCUCUUCCUAAAAAUCUUGGUCGCCAAGCUGGUAAGGGAACAGCAUUGAGCUCCCUCCCUUCUAUACUUUCUCUAAUUGGGUCUCCCAUGGUUGUCUCUGGGAAACAAACCCUCGGAGUAGCAUCUGAUAUGCAGGUUUCAAGCAUGUCAGAGGCUGAAGGUGCCGACAUAGAUGUCGGAAUUGAUGCACCUGCUGAAGUUCCAGAGGAGUGCCAAUUAGCGUUGCUUCAGCUAGUUCGAUCUCUAUUUCAGGUGAAGAUGCACCCAGGUGAUGAGAUUCUGUCCUCAGAAGAUAGAGCGACAGUAGAAGAACUGCUUUCUCUUCUUCUUGCAGCCUAUGGUGCUACUACUGGGAGGCUCGACACUGAAAUUUACGCACUGAUGAAGCAACUAGAAUCUUAUGGUGGACCAGGUUUUUCUGGGCUCGCAAGCAUGGAUUACUUGUGGGGCGAGGCUGCUUUGCAAAGAAGGAAAGCAAAAGUUGAAGAGAAAUCUCAAUUGAUGGAUGAAGGCUUGGAGAUAGAUGAGAACGUAUUAGAAUCUCGAAAGAGAACUUACAAGGAGGAUUUAACAUUAGAUCCAAGAAGAUGUGGUUUGUCAGUUCUAUGCUUCCCAACAUUAGCCCAUCAUUCAAUAACCUUAGGAAAUCGAGAAGUUGGGGCUAAAUCGAAGAAGGUUUUCCUUAGUGACACAUACGAUGCUGAUUUGGAGCUCCAGUUGAAGGGAACUGCUUACGACCCUCGCUAUAUUCUACAAUUUGGACUUCAUGGAAUUGCAGUGAAGUGCAUUGAUGCUGAGGAAUUUGUAUGUCUGGGUCUGCUUGCUGUGGCUAUAGCAUCUCUCAGCUCUUCUGACGAAGACAUGAGGAGAUUAGGCUACAAGCUUCUUGCAAAAUACAUGUCUAUUUUGGAGGAGGGUUCGACUUUCAAAGGACAGCCACAAAUUCGAAUGUUGCUGAAUUAUGUGAAGAAUGCAGUUACUGAAGAGUGGCAGCAAUUGCCAUUUGUUCUCAUGUUAUUUGCUGCAGAGUGCUCAUGCAUCCUCAUGCAUCCAGAGAACCCUCAUUUUAUGGUUAUCACACGCUAUCUAUUGAAGGGUCCAGCUUUGGAUCUUGAGUAUGUUCCAUUAUUUCAUUCGAUGUUCGGAAGCGGGUCACCUCGUCAUCGGAGUGAGCGUUUAUGGAUGCUGCGCCUCUUGGCGUGCGGAUUGUCAACAUCCCGAGAUGCACGAGUCUUCCGCCGUCAGUUCGUAUUGGAGAUUCUUAUGAGUUUUUACAAUUCCCCUUUGGCUGAUUCCUUCGCAAGAAAGUGGGUUUUACAGGUUCUCUUAAAAUCAACAAGGGUACGAGGAUGCGUGCAAGCCCUUGUUGAACGUUCAGGUUUCCUUCCAUGGCUAGCUUCAGCUGUCGUGAAUUACAGGGAUAUAAGCAUUUCAGAGCAGGACGGAAAAGAGGCUGAUGACCUCCCGAUUAUGAUUCUAGAGAUCAUGGAGAGAUUGUUAAGAUGGAAAUUUUUUGAGCAACGUUGUCUUGGAGAGGGUAUGGCGGAGCUAACUACAGCUGCCCUCACAUUACGAUAUUUUCUAACGCAUGGUACAAGGACUCCCAAACAACGGGCAAUCUUUAGGAGGCCUGCGAUACGUAUCAUGACCUAUGCUCUUCGCUCAUCGCAGCGGAGGAAAAAACAUGAAACUCAUUUCAACCUAUCUUUACGUGAUAUAUUAGAGGCAAUACGCUGGGUGGAAUCUGAAGGUCCAGACAGUGGAUAUGGCAUCGAGACUACUGCAGAAACACGGGCACUUGUCCUGCAUAUGCUACUGCAAAGUUCGCCUCCUGCAGUCUCAACGCCUGAGGACAAAGAACUUUUAUGUGAGGUUUCUAGCUGGGCUGUGCCUGUUGCAAGUCGGACUCUUGUAAAUGCGGCAUAUAAACAAUCUACUGGUUCUGGACAUGCUGAUUUUAAGAAGCUUCCAGAAGGCUUACCAGAAAAGCUUGCACGCUGGGUCACUGCAUCUCUUGUGAUUGGAAAAUUAGCUCUAGUCAGAUCCCAGCAGGGAUCGGCCACAGGUCUUGCGGAUGCGUGUUCUAGUUGCCUAAAUGUACUCUCUGGUCGUCAGUCUUUACAAUCUAUGGACUUUCACCCUACCAACAGAAUGCUGGCUGUCCAAUUACUGGAGUUGCAAACAUGUUUCAGUGGAGAAGUUGAUGAUCUACUAGUGCCCGCUUUAGCUUCCUUGUGGCCCGUCUAUAACCCUGAAGAAAUUCUACCAGGAGACGAGUCAGUAAAAAUCGCUACAUUACUCAUAGAAAGGAUUCUGAGCAACAUCGCUGUACCUCAAGAAGCCUAUCCCUUAUGGCGCUGGUCUUUCAAUAAUUCUUGGCGUAGUAAGGAAACAGCAGCCGGCGGGAACAUGCCCACUGGGAUUUCAAGUUUUGAGGCCGAGCUAUGUCAGAUAGCCCUCGUUGUUUUCCAGCAACUUGUGAUGGCACAGGCAAACUCUGGGCUUGCCCAGCUUGUAUCUCAAUGGGUGAAAGGAUUAGAUAUUUCCGAACACGAUUUUACUUGUAGCAAAAAGGCCUGUUCCAAAUUCGUUGAAAAGUUGGAUCAGAGUAUAGAGAAACUACGUAGAACACAUAACCAGCUUGUUACAACUUCCUAACCAGCUUGGAAUUAUGUACAUUUUUCGGCCAGAUUCGAUCCCUACUAUGUUAAAGAGAAUUCAUUUGUAGUCUCUCGAAUGUUAGGUUGAUGACACCGUUAAUCUAGGUGAUCUUGAUAAAGCA